AUGGACACCUUCUGGGUUCAGUUUAGGCCAUACACUUCGACUGAGACAUUCCCUCUUCCCAGUAAUUGUCAUGUUAUCGCUGAAGAAACAACAUGCUUCGAACGGGACCUGGGCCCUAUUCUCCAAUUUGGCCAUUAUACCUCGGACGGUGAGUCUGACCUUAUGGGAUGCGAUUUCCACGGCGACGACUUGAAAUGUACCGAUUCUGUCAGCACUACAGUACUAGGAGCAUCGGCUUCUUCAGCUCAACUUGCUCCAGAAACCUUCAGCCAGUCCCCACAAACGUCCAAUGGCCACAGUGCUUUGAUUACAGCCACAGCUGAAACUGGGACCACCAUAGAGACUACCAGUGGAGCCAACGGUAUAAACGAUACUUCUAGUGAAGGUGAUACUAUUACAGGAGCCGGAACUUCCAGAAAUGAUAGUAUUACCGGAACGGGAACCUCCAGUGGAAAUGACACUAUUAUUGGGACCGGCGCAAGUACAUCUAACAAUGCUGCCGUGAAGGUCGGUGCUUUUGGAGCAGCUGGUAUAGCUCUUGUUGUCGCUGGUUUGAUUUAA